AUGAGGCUACUGCCUCACAACAGCCUCCACAGGCCCAGCUCCAUCGUUACAACGGCCUCUGUAGACCCAGCUCCUGCUUCCCAGUCUUCUCUCCAGGCCCAGAACUUUCUCAAGUCGACCGCACCAGACCCAGCUCCUGCCUCUCAUUGCCGUCCCAAGGGCCAGCUUUUGCCUCAUGGCCACCUUCCAAGAGCCAGCGCCUGUUUUACAGCCGAGCUGCUGCCCCCAGGUGACCUCUACAGGCUACACUUUUACUUCUGGCUGUGCCUGGAGGCCCAAAUCCUGCCACUCCGUGGCCUCUCCAGCUGCCAGACUUCCUCAGGUCAGCCUCUCCAGGCCCAGCUCCUCCUGCCUGCCACUGGCCUCUUGAGGCCCAGUCCCGCUCACGCCUCUGGGCGGCCUCCUCAGGCCCAGGACUUGACCUCCAGUCGGCCUCGCCAGGCCCCGAACUUCCUGAGGCCGGCCACUCCAGGCCCAGUUGCGGCCUCCCGGCCUCACGUCCGGGCCCAGCUCCUCCUGUUCCCGGCUGCGGCCGCGGGCCCAGUCCCGGCCUCACGACAACCUCUUUGGACUCGGCUCCGGCCCAGCUCCCGCUCCGCGGCCUUUGUAGGCCCCAAACGUGCUGAAGCCGGGCCCGGCUCUUGCCCUCCGACGGGGUCUCCACGCCCCAGACUUCCUCCAGCCCGCCUCUCCAGGCCCAGCUCCUCCUGCCGGCGGCCUCUGCAGGCCCACGCUGGCCUCGAGUGGGCCUCUCCAGGGCUCGCUCCUGCUCCCGGCGGGCUCUGCGGGCCAAACUCGUGGCCCAGUCGGCCUCUGCCGGCCCAUCUCCUGCCUCUCCGCGGCCUCUCCGGCUGCCAGACUUCCUCUGUCACCUCUUCUGGAUCCAUCUUUUUAAUCUUUGGUGUUCAAGAGUAUGAAGGAGCCUAA